AUUUUGGUGGUUUAUUUUACAAGUAAUGAUUGUUUUGUAUAUUGAAUAAUAUCUGCAACUAUAACGCUCCUCUGGCUUUCAGGAAAUGAUUGACGAAUUCAAGAUAUACUUUUUGUUCUUCGAUAGAGCUGGUUAUGGAGAGAGCGAUCCUAAUCCAACACGAACGCUGAGAUCUGAUACAUACGAUAUCGAAGAACUUGCUGACAAAUUGCAAAUCGGUCCAAAGUUCCACGUUAUAGGCAUGUCACUUGGAGCUUACCCAAUUUACGGUUGCCUCAAAUACAUUCCUCAUAGGCUUAGUGGAGCUUCGUUGGUGGUUCCGUUAAUAAAUUUUUGGUGGAGCCGUGUGCCUCAAAACUUAUUGAAUGCAGCAAUGAAGAAAUUGCCAAUUGGAUUUCAGUUGACACUUCGAGUUGCACACUACUUUCCAUGGUUGUUAUAUUGGUGGAUGACUCAGAAAUGGUUCCCAAAUAGUCGAAAUCCCAAAGAUACAAUGACCGAGCGAGACCUAGAACUCGCGGAAAUGCAUACAAAACACUCCUAUAUCAAGGAGUCUGCUUUACGACAAGGUGAUUAUGUGAGCACACAACGAGACAUCAUUGCGGGUUACGGGAAUUGGGAAUUUGAUCCAACGGAAUUGAGCAAUCCGUUUUCGGAUAGUAACAAAGGGUCGGUUCAUAUGUGGUGUGCACUCGAAGACAAACAAAUUUCACGCGAUGUUUUACUCUAUAUAUGUGAUAUGCUGCCAUGGAUAAAGCUCCAUGAGGUCCCUGAUGGUGGACAUUACAUUAUCCAUGAGAAGCGGCAUUUUGAAGCCAUUAUCAAAGCCGCUUGUAGUGAAUGAAAUAUGAGAACAAAAAAACUCUAUAAGAUUUCAAUAUGAAAUUAAAUCAGUUUAAGAAAAUUAUGGCUAUGUAAGUUUCAUGUGACAAAGAAAAUUGUCUAAUCUAUUUAGACAAAUGUAUAAAUGUAACUACUUUUG